GCACUUUUGGGGCGACGAAGUUGGAUAGACGAACGACACUCGAGGCAGUAUCUAACGACGGGCGAAUUGUACACGCGACAAUUACAUUGUAAUAUUACAUGCGACAUCGGACAUUGGUGAUAUUGAGUGCGAUAAGAUAAAUACGAGAAGUAAGUGUUCUGUGUGCGCGUGUGCCUCAUAGAAUCUAUUUAAGGAUAUACAGGUUCAGUUAAGCAGAAUAUAUGCGCUAACGUUUGGGCCGAUUUCAUGUCAACUCCAUUGAGAUAGAAACAAAAGCAUGGGAGUGGCAGAGGAUUUCGCUCCCAGCUUCACGCAGAAGCCUCAAUUGAGGCAAGAGGAUGAUGGCAACAAGCUGAUAUUUGAGUGUCAGCUUCUAGCUGCACCAAAACCGGAGAUCCAAUGGUUUAGGAGCGAGGAACAACUGUCCGAAGAUGGAAGGACAAACUUUAGAAUACAAUCGAUCGGUACCAACAAGUACUUGGUGGUACUGGAGCUGGACGAUGUCGUCGAAACAGAUGCGGGACUGUACAAGGUCAAAGCGAAGAAUACCAUGGGAGAGGUGGCAGCCUCUAUCAAUCUCAACUUCAGCCCGAUGGAUGAGCCAAAAGAAAAGCAAAUAGAUGGUCUAGCGCCGACAUUUGCGAAAAAGCCUGCUAUUCGUCAAGAGGAAGAUGGAAAGAGGCUGCUAUUCGAGUGUCGAAUACAAGCUGAUCCCCGACCCGUCGUUAGUUGGUUUCACAACAACAACCCUGUUUCAGAAGGUCCUCGUCAUAAGUUAAGGAUAGAAAAAGACGGACAUUCAUAUUUUGCAACCCUAGAGAUAAAAAACGUCACAGUAGAGGAUGCUGGUAAAUACAAAGUGACGGCAAAGAAUGAUCUAGGAGAAAGCAAUGCAACGAUUAGCCUUAACUUUGACAGCGAUGAGGCUCCCUUGCCAGAGAAGGAAGGCAUCAAACCAACCUUCACCGAACAACCCAUCAUCCGGCAAUCAGAAGACGGACUCAAGAUCACCUUCGAGUGUCGCUGCGUCGGAGAUCCAAAACCAGAAAUACAAUGGUUCCAUGGGAAAGAAGAAAUCAAGACAAACAGUCGGUACACGAUGUCGAUAGACGUUGACGAGGUGCUUUACUACUUGGCACGGUUGGAAAUAAAUAAUGUGAAGAAUAAUGAUCGUGGCGAAUACAGAGCAGUGGCGAAGAAUAUGUAUGGAACGGCGACAGCUUACAUCAAUCUUGAUUUCGAAAAUACCGAGAAACCUAAAAUUCCUGAAGGGCGAGCCCCGAGGUUUCCGAAGAAGCCUACGAUCCGACAAGAAGGCGACGUCCUGAUAAUGGAGUGCCUCCUGGAAGCUUAUCCGGAUCCGGAUAUCAGCUGGUUCCAGAGCGAAAAAUCGAUCGCGGACAGUCCCCGCGAACGCAUGUUGCGCAAAAAUAUAUCGAAAGAGCUUUACCUGCUCACUUUAGAGAUACAGAACCCCACUAAGCAAGAUGGCGGCCUCUACAGGUGUAACGCGUUAAACGAAUAUGGCGAAUGCAAUGCGAAUAUUUUGUUGAAUUUCCAAGGUGGGGAUGAUGCGGAAGGGUUUGCACCUUCCUUUAUCGAAAAACCAAAAAUCAUACCGAACGAGAGCGGUACUCUAAUCACGAUGAAAUGCAAAUGCAAAGCCAAACCGAAACCUGACGUGUCGUGGUUCAGAGGCACCACACUCGUCAAAGAAUCUUCAAAGAUUAAACUACGAGUUGUCGAUAUCGAAGAAGAUAAGUACGAAUUGUCGCUAGAGAUUAAGGAUCCAGCGGCCCCCGAUGGUGGCACUUACAGGUGUCACGUGAAGAACGAAUACGGAGAGAGCAACGCUAACCUGAACCUGAACAUCGAAGCUGAACCAGAACCUGAAGGAGACGGGCCAACGUUCGUUGAAAAACCCAGGAUCACAUCCCAUGACAGCGGCAAACUGGUCGUCAUGGAGUGCAAAGUGCGAGCAAAUCCCAAACCAGACAUCGUCUGGUACAGGGAAGGCCAAAAGGUGGUCGAAUCCACAAAAAUCAAAAUAAGCUUCACCAAAGUAGAAGAGGAUGUCUACUACAUCAAACUAGAACUGAGAGACCCAGGAACUGAGGACUCUGGGUUGUACAAAUGUAACAUUAGUAACACGUUAGGUGAACUAAAUGCCAAUCUCACGUUGAACAUUGAGAUUAUCCCUGUUAUCAAGGAGAAACCUAAGGUUAUCAAGAUUAUUAAGAAGAAGACCAUUGUAGUUGAAUGCAAAGUACUCAGCAAGUUUGCUCCUGAUUGUACUUGGUUCAAAGAAGCAGAUGCUGUCAAGGAAGACUCCAGACACUCUGUUCACGUUGAACAAGUCAAAGAUGGCGAAUUUGCUGUGAAACUCGAAAUCAAUGACGUAGAGAAAACAGACAAAGGCAUGUACAAACUGGUGGCCAAGAACGAGAAAGGAGAAGCAGCUUCGCAGACGGUUGAAGUCACUGAACUUCCGCCAGAAGAGAAACCAAAAGGAGAAAAACCGAAACUGACGAAACUUACCAAUAUCACCACGGAAGAAGGCAAGUCUGUGGAUUUGAUCUCUUCCCUCAAAGUUGAAGACAAGACAGUGAAAAUAACCUGGUACAGAAACGAAACCAUAAUAAGAGAAUCUAGUGAAGUGCAGAUAUUCUUCGACGGCACAGUAACUAGGCUCAGCAUUAGUAAAGUUAAGAAGAUACACUCUGGCAGCUACAAGGUUGUUGCCAAAAACGAGUUUGGCGAGGAUGAAGUUUCUGCUAGCUUGACUGUGCAAGAGAAAAAAGAAGAGGAGGAAACUGAGGAGGAGGAGGAAGAAGAAGAAGUACAGGUUAUUGAAGAAAAGAAAGAAGAUAAAAAGGAAGAGAAGAAGAUAGAAAAGAAGGAAGAGAAAAAGGAGGAAAAGAAGGAAGAAAAGAAAGUGGAAAAGAAAGUGCAAAAAAAGAUAGAGAAAAAAGAGGAGAAGACAGAAGAGAAGGUCACAAUCAAGAAGGAUGAAGAUAAGAAAGUCAACGAUAUUGACAAGAAGGUGACCAAAAAGGAAGAGGAAACGAAGACUACAGACAAAAAGGCCACUAGGAGGACUUCCGUUCAAAAGACGGAAGAAAAGUCAGAAUCGCGCAGGAGUUCCAUAAUACAAACCGAAGAAAAAGUCAUGCAAGACGGAAAGGUGUCUAGAAAGUCAUCUAUACAAAUCAAUGAAGAGAAGUCUGACUCCCGACGAUCUUCAGUGGCUGACGAUAAGAGAAAGGUGAUAAAAGAUACAACCAAGAGACUAGAUACCACACAAGAAGGGAAAGCCACAAACCACAUAGACGAACCAAAAACACGUGCUGAGACCAAAUCGACCAAAACCGAGGUUAAGUCGACAGUCGAGUCCAGAAAAGAAUCAAUUUCGACAACAAAACCGGAACCCGCUAAGCCCAAAGAACCUGAACCUGCUAAACCAAAACCCAAAGAACCAGAACCUGAAAAGCCUAAGCCUAAAGAACCCGAACUUGCUAAAGCAAAGCCGAAAGAGCCGGAACCCGAAAGGCCUAAGCCCAAAGAACCGGCGAAACCUAAGACACCGGAACCCACUAAAACACCAGAACCUAGUAAACUUGCGCCUAAAGAAGAGAACGCCAUCUCAAGUCUGGAGGCUAAACGUUCCUCUUUGAAAAAGACAGAGGAAAAGCCUGCCCAGGAUAUCAAACUGAAGCCCCAAGAAGAUAAAACCAAACAACGACGUGUUAUACCGCCAGCAGUUAAAGCAGAUACUUUUAUUGGUAUCCAACUGAAACCUGUUCAAAAAGAAAAAAAAGAAGCAUCAAAAGCCCAAUUAGAGGUUGAUCUCAAGAAAACCGAAAAAGACGAAAAGCUUAAAGUGUCAAAGUCCACAAAGAAGGAGGAUCAAUCGUACCUGAACGAAUGGGAGGCUAUCCCGGACUACGAAAGACCAGUACUCGAAAAAUUCGAGAAACAUGCUCCGCCAGAGUACGCUGGCAGAGAAAAAACAAAAUUGUCAAAGGAGAAACCAAGUUUGGCUGUGGAAGGCAAGGAGAGAAAGCCUAGCCAAGGAGUGCUCUCCGAAACGCCUAGACCAAGCUUGCCUCAGAUAAAAACGCCAGAUGCCCCAAAAAUUGAGGUCAGCAAGGAACGGACCCCUGAACCGAGGAAAAAAUCCUUGGAACCUGGGUCCGGACCUGGUAGCAGAAGGGGCUCACUUAUUCCGCCGGAGGCUAUGGGUCGUAGGGCCAGUCUCAUCAUCUCAGAUGAGGAACAUAGGAAACUACGGCCAGGCGAGGUAUUGGACGACAAAAAGCAUAAACUCGGCAAACGUCCGGGAGAAUUGGAUGCGUCUGAUAAACAGCGCCGGCGUCCAAGUAGCGAUGUCAGAAGGCCUAGCGUAGCAGACCUAGAAGAUCUGAUCAACAAACCUUCGACUCCUCUGAAACCUUCAGGGCCUAAGGGAGCAGCACCAUCUAUCAUCGAUGUACAGGAAAAUUACUCAUCAGUGGAAGAUCAAACUGCUUACAUUACCAUCCAGGUUGAAGGUGAUCCACCACCAACGUUCAAAUUCUACAAGGGUAUGACAGAAAUAAUAGAAGGUGGUAGAUUCAAAUACGUAACAGACGGUGACACAAAUCUCAUAACGCUCUGUAUAAGGAAAGUGAAGCCAAAUGAUGAAGGUACAUACAGAGUAGUUGUUUCUAAUGUCCACGGAGAAGAUAGCGCCGAAAUGACGCUAUUCGUUGCUGGUGCUGGAGGUGUGGACUUCAGAUCCAUGCUAAUGAAGAGAAAGUAUGCCAAAUGGGAUAAAGAUAAAGGAGAUCCCGAUUGGGGUGAUCUCAAAGAAACUGAGAAACCUCUGCCUGCUCUCAAGAAAGUGGAAAAGAAACCAGAAUCCUUCCUGAAGCCACUGGUAGAUAAGUUCGCAAAGGAAGGCAAAGACAAAAAGGUCAUUUUUGAGGCCAACUUUUCAAAGACAAACUGCAAACCUAAGUGGCUGUUUAGAAAAGAUGAACUGUUCCCUGGCUCAAAAUACAAAUUCAAGCAAGAAGGUGACAUGUACCAACUGAUCAUCAGCAAUCCAAAGGUAGAGGAUACAGGCAAAUAUACAAUCGAGAUCGGAGGAGUGCAUAGCACAGCCUUCCUAACAGUGGAAGAACCAGAUCCAUCUUACACUUUCACCAAACCACUGAAGAAGAAGUACGAUGGAUAUACCAAACACGAAGUUGAGCUGUCUUGUACAGUAAGCAGCAGCCUGGCCAUUGUUGGUUGGUACAAAGGAGAUGCCAAGCUUGAAGAUGGUGAUAGAUACAGCAUAUCCAAAGACAUCAAUGGCAAUUGCCGAUUGUGCAUCAGAUCUGCUGAUUUUGAUGAUGCUGGUGAAUACACCUGCAAACUUGAGAAACAGACCGAGAAAACUGUGACCAAAGUGAGCAUUGUGGAAUAUCCUUACAAGUUCGUCAAGGUACUCAAACACCAGCAGCAUGUAGAGAAAGAGAACGUCACUCUACUCUGUGAAUUGAACGAUGCAGAAGGGGAUGUCAAAUGGUUCAAGGGAGACCAAGAGAUAACUGGAGACAAGAGGCUUGUCAUAAGCAAAGAUGGACGUAAACGUAAGCUGGUCAUCAAAGAUGCCAAAGUUACCGAUGCAGGCAUGUAUUCUUGUGUCAGCAAUGCAGAUAAAACAGAAGCUGAGAUAAUAGUGAACUAUUUGAACCGUUUCAACAAGAAGCUCAAAGACACGGUUGGUGUAGAAAGAGAAAAACUAGUCUUGGAUAUUGAACUCCAGGACCAAACUGCUCCGGCAGAAUGGUUCUUUAAUGGCCAAAAGAUAGAGCCUUCCGAAGAUAUAGAAAUCAAGAAUCUUGGAGGUGGCAAACAUCAACUGAUAUUCAAUAAUUUAAAGAUGGAGCACGACGGUGAAAUCAAAUGUGAGUCAGGAAAGCUAGAAUCAACCAUGAAAUUGUCAGUAAAGAAGGGUGAAAGUCAGCCUAUUAUUGACUUCCCAUCUACGUUUGAAGCACCAGCUAGCAAGCCUAUCAUCCUGGAAGUGCCUUACAAAAUUGAAGGCACCAGGCAAUCACCUCUAGAAGCCAAGCUGAUGAAAGACGGCAAAGUUUUGCCUCUGAAAGACGUGGACGUGGUCAUAUCGGAUGACAAAGUGACCUUCAAGAUCAAGAAGCCUGCCAGGAACCUCACAGGACCAUACCAGAUCAAAUUAUCCAAUGCCCAGGGCGAGGAUGUGAAAGAUGUAAAGAUAAUCAUGCAAGAUGUACCUUCACCACCACAAGAUGUUGAUGUUACUGAAAUUUUUGCAACCAACUGCAAAGUUUCUUGGAAAGCACCCACAGAUGAUGGUGGUUCUCCUCUGUUGCACUACGUAGUGGAACGACAAGAUAUCAGCCUCAAAGCUGGAUGGGAAAAUGUUGUAGAAGUGAAAGCUGGACAACCAACAAACUUUAAAGUUGAAGGUCUUACGGCUAAGAAAGAAUACAAAUUCAGAAUUCGUGCUGUCAAUGCUUUAGGUUCCAGUGAACCGGCUUUGUUCGCCAAACCAGUAUUGGCCAAGGAUCCUUGGGAUGAGGCAAGCAAACCUAAGGACGUACAAGUUGUUGAUUGGGAUAAGGACCAUGCUGAUUUGACAUGGGUCAAACCAGAUAGCGAUGGUGGUGCUCCAAUAACAGGGUACGUUGUCGAAUUCAAAGAAAAAUUCGGCAAAGAGUGGCAAAAAGGCAUUGAAGUGCCUGGAGAUCAACUCAAAGCAACCGUACCGAAGCUAAAAGAGAACAGCCAGUACGAGUUCAGGGUAAGGGCUAUCAACAAGGCCGGACCUGGUGAACCUAGCGACCCUACGAAGCCGAUCAUAGCUAAAUGUAGAUUUGUCAAACCUUACAUCAUCGGCGAUGACCUGAAGAGCAUCAUAAUAAAAAAAGGACAAGUCGUCAAGUACGACAUCAGAUACGGAGGUGAACCAGAACCAGAAGUGCAAUGGUUCCUCAACAAGAAUGAACUUAAACAAGACAUGGAAGAGAGAAUCACAAUCGAAAAGUUCGAAAAGAAUACGAUCAUUACUGUACGCAGAUGUACAAGAGCAGAUAGCGGCAAGUACAAACUAGUACUAACCAACAGCUCUGGUACUUGCGAAGGAAUUGCUGAUGUUAUUGUCCUGGACAAGCCUACGCCACCUAAAGGACCUCUAGUGGCAGAAGAGAUCAGAGCAGAUCACGUGACCGUAGCCUGGCAGACACCUGAAGACGUAGGUGGCACUGAACUGACUGGAUACGUCCUCGAGAGAAUGGAUAUAGAUACAGGUAGAUGGAUCCCUGCUGGUGAAGUAGGAGCCAACGAACACAAGUUUACCUUCAAGAACCUGACACCCAAGAAACAAUACAAGUUCAGAGUAAGAGCAAAGAAUAAGGAGGGUGAAUCAGAACCACUGGAGACAGACGAUUUCAUCACUGCUAAGAACCCGUACGAUGAACCUGGCAAACCAGGUACUCCAGAGAUCCUGGAUUACGACAACAAGAGUGUCACUUUAGAAUGGAAGAAACCAGAAAGCGAUGGCGGACGUCCUAUUACACACUAUACUGUAGAAAUGAAGGAUAAGUUCGCUGCAGAUUGGACCCAAGUAGCCAAGACCGAAGAUUCUACACCCCAGGUAGUAGUACCUGGGCUCAAAGAAAAUAUGGUAUACCAAUUUCGUGUUAGGGCUCACAACAAAGCCGGAGCUAGUGUUCCGUCUGAGCCAACAGGCAACCAUCUCUGCAAGCACAGGAACUUAAAACCAAGAAUUGACCGCGAAACCUUCAAAUCGAUCACAAUCAAAGCUGGUCGUACCCACAAAUGGUCUGUGGACUUCAUUGGCGAACCUCCGCCGUCAGUAAAAUGGAUCUGGAGAGACAACAUUCCUUUGACCAACACAGAACGCAUCAAAAUCGAGAACCAAGACUACCAUACAGACUUCACUCUGAUCAACGCAGAAAGAAAAGAUACAGGGAAAUACACUCUAACCAUCGAGAAUAUCAACGGCAAAGACACAGAAACGGUAGAGUUGACGGUACUCAGCAAACCUGGCUCUCCAAAAGGACCACUUAAAGUUACUGACGUCACUGCAGAGAAAGCCAAACUCAGCUGGAAGAAACCCGAAGAUGAUGGCGGUUCACCUGUCAAGGAGUACGAGAUUGAGAAAAUGGACACAGCUACUGGAAAAUGGGUCCGUUGUGGACGAGUUCCAGCUGACAGACUUUCACCAGAUGGUACCGGUGAAUUCGAGGUGACGGGUUUGAACCCUGGAUCAGAGUAUAAAUUCAGAGUAACAGCUGUCAACAGUGAGGGUGACUCUGACCCUCUGGUAUCGGAACGUCCCACAUUGGCCAAGAAUCCCUUCGACGAACCCGGUAAGCCAGGCACUCCUGAAAUUACCGACUACGACAACAAGGGCGUGAACCUGAAAUGGACCCCACCAGCAAAUGACGGUGGUGCUCCAAUCGAGAAAUACAUUAUCGAGAAAAAAGACAAAUUCAAGCCUGACUGGGAGAAAGCUACCGAAGUACCUGGAGAUGCUCUGGAAGCCAGAGUAGAAGAUCUUAAGGAACGUGGCGAGUACCAGUUCAGGGUAAUAGCAGUGAACAAGGCUGGACCCGGCAAACCGUCAGAUGCUUCAGCAAUGCAGAUCAUCAAGCAUAGGGCGCUGAAGCCAAGGAUCGACAGAACGAACUUGAAGCCAAUUAUUGUCCGCGCUGGCAAGCCCAUCAAGUACGACGUCGACGUCAAGGGUGAACCAGCUCCUACCUGUACUUGGUUCCAUGCUGAUCAGGAAGUCAAGUCUGAAGGUGUUAUUGAGAUCAUCAAUGUAGAGUAUAACACGAAACUGAAUAUUACCAAUUCCGUCCGGAAGCAUACAGGUGUAUACAAAAUUAAGGCUGUUAAUGAACAUGGAUCGGAUGAGGCUGAGGUUGAAGUCACAGUAUUAGCUUCUCCAUCUAAACCAAAGGGACCACUGAAAGUAUCUGACGUCACCAAGGGAGGCUGCAAGCUCAAAUGGCAGAAACCAGAAGACGAUGGUGGAAAACCCAUCACCGGCUACGUUGUCGAGAAACUUGACAAGCAGACAGGCCGUUGGGUGCCUGUAGGCAGAACUAACGAUACCGAAAUGGAUGUUAAAGGUUUACAGGAAGGACACGAGUACGAGUUCCGAGUGAAAGCUGUCAAUGAUGAAGGAGAGUCAGAACCUUUGGAAAGUGAUGGCUCGAUCAUUGCCAAGAAUCCAUAUGAUAUUCCUGGAAAGCCUGGUACACCAGAUAUUACUGACUGGGACGCUGAUCGCGUCGACUUGAAAUGGACAGCACCUAAGACAACUGGGGGUGCUCCAAUCACUGGAUACGUUAUUGAGAAGAAAGAGAAGUUCUCUACCACUUGGGAUGAGAUUCUCACUACGAAUACACCAGACUGUGAUGCCCAAGUGCCAGGCUUGAAGGAAGGUAACACCUACCAGUUCCGCGUUCGGGCUGUCAAUAAGGCAGGCCCAGGUGAACCUUCAGACCCUACUGGGCAACAUGUUGCCAAACCCAGACACUUACGUCCACUGAUCAAUCGUGAGAAGCUCCACACCGUCAAAGUCCGCGCAGGUCAACUUGUGAAGUUCGACGUUGACGUUAAAGGUGAACCUCCACCGAAAUGCACUUGGAGCUUUGCUCACAAGCCCCUUGAAGUUGGCGGUAACAUCAAGAUAGAAGACGUGGAUUACAACACCAAACUUACAAUGACAGACACAACACGCAAACACACUGGUACCUACACACUAAGAGCAGAAAACGAUUCUGGUUUCGACUGAAGCAACCGUAGAUGUAAUUAUCCUUGACAAACCUGGAAAGCCUGAGGGUCCCCUAGAAGUCACUGAUGUUCACAAAGAAGGCUGCAAACUGAAAUGGGAUAAACCAAAAGACGAUGGAGGACUGCCCAUCACGGGCUACGUCGUGGAGAAACAAGACGUAGGAACAGGCAGAUGGGUCCCUGCGGGUUUCGUCGAUGCUGACAAGACUGACCUUGAGAUCAGUGGCUUGGAACCCAAUAAGAAAUACCACUUCAGGGUAAAAGCCGUGAAUGAAGAAGGAGAAUCUGAACCGUUAGAAACAGACACAGCUAUAUUAGCUAAGAAUCCAUACGAUGUGGCAGCACCACCAGGCCUUCCAGAAAUCGUUGACUGGGAUGAACAUUCUGUCAAACUGAAAUGGGAAAAACCAGUCAGAGAUGGGGGAGCACCCAUCACUGGUUACGUCAUUGAGGCAAUGGACAAGUUUGGAGGACAGUUUGUUAAGGUUGCAGAAGUUGGACCAACGUGUCAAGGAACUGUCAAGAAUUUAGAGGAGGGUAACCAAUACAAAUUCAGAAUCAGAGCUUUAAAUAAGGCUGGGCAGUCAGAACCUUCUGAACAAACCAACUGGCAUACAGCUAAAGCCAGAUUCCUGAAACCCCUGAUCGACAGAACGAACCUAAAACCAAUGCAGGUGAAGACGGGUCUUUCCAUCAACCUGGAUGUUAACAUCCAGGGCGAACCUCCACCGAAAGUCACUUGGCUAUUCGAAGGCAAAGAACUACAGUCAACCGAAGAAGUGCGCAUAGAUAACGUAGACUAUAACACUAAAUUCUUCAUUUUGAAGGCUAAGAGGCUGCACUCUGGCAAAUACACGAUCAUAGCCAAGAACGAAGUUGGUGAAGACCAAGCUGAUAUUGAGAUCCAGGUCCUCGCCAAGCCUGGCUCACCAAAAGGACCUCUUGAAGUAAGCGACGUCACCAAACAUGGUUGCAAGCUGAAAUGGAAGAAGCCAGAUGACGAUGGUGGUAGCCCCGUUGACCACUACGAAAUCGAGAAACUAGAUCCCCUGACUGGACAAUGGAUACCCUGUGGUAGAAGCACCGAACCUGAGGCUAACAUCACUGGCUUACAAGAAGGCAAACCAUACAAAUUCAGAGUUAAGGCUGUGAACAAAGAAGGGGAAUCUGAACCUCUUGAGACUGAAAAAUCCAUCAUUGCCAAAAAUCCAUUUGAUGAGCCCGGCAAACCAGGCCGUCCAGACCUCAGAGACUGGGACAAAGACUUUGUGGAGCUGGCUUGGAAGCCUCCAGUAUCAGAUGGAGGAGCUCCAAUUGAGAAGUAUAUCAUCCAAAUGCACGACAAAGCUGGCAGGAGCUGGGUAGAUGCUGCUACAGUACCUGGAGACAGAACCAACGGAAGAGUUGAAAACGUCGAGGAAGGUCACGAAUAUGAAUUCAGGAUCGUUGCCGUCAACAAAGCUGGACCCAGCGAACCAAGUGACCCGUCUAAGCCAGUUAUCGCUAAACCUAGACACUUGGCACCAAAGAUCGACAGAAAGAAUCUGCAGAAAAGGGUUAUGCGUACAGGUCAGCUGUUAAGAUUAGAAGCUGACGUUAAGGGUGAACCUCCACCGGUUGUCACUUGGACCCUCAAAGAACAGCCUCUCAAGAACACCGACAGGCUAAAGAUUGACAAUGAAGACUAUCACACCAGUUUUGUGCUACAAAAGGUGCAAAGAAGUGACACUGGAGUAUACGUCGUAACAGCCAAGAACGAUUCUGGCAUUGAUACCGUUGAAGUCGAGAUAUCAGUUAUAGGCAAACCAUCCAAACCAAAGGGGCCUUUGAAGGUAUCUGAUGUUACCGCUGAAGGAUGCAAGCUGAAAUGGGAUGCUCCUGAAGACGACGGCGGAGAACCAAUUACAGGAUACCUUGUUGAACGUAUGGAUGUUGAAACUGGUAGAUGGGUUCCUGUGACAACUGUCAAAACACCUGAAGCUGAUGUGACUGGACUGAACGAAGGCAAAGACUAUCAAUUUAGAGUCAAAGCUUUGAAUUCUGAAGGUGAAUCAGAGCCUUUGGUUACCGAUGUUCCAACGACAGCCAAGAAUCCUUAUACCGAGCCGGAAUCGCCCAGCAAGCCUGAGCUCAAAGACUGGAACAAGGAUCAUGCGGACCUCAAGUGGCAGGCUCCCAAGAACGAUGGUGGAGCACCUAUUGAAAAAUAUAUCAUUGAAAAGAAAGACCCUAUCACAGGCAAAUGGCAGAAGGCCGUUGAAGUACCCGGAAACAAAACAGAAGCUAGGGUACCCGACUUGCAGGAAGGCCAAAAGUACCAGUUCCGCGUAAAAGCAGUGAACAAAGGUGGAGAGAGCAAACCUUCGCCGCCAUCUGAAACUAUCACAGCUAAAGAUAGAUUCGUUCCACCAAAGAUCGACAGAACUAACCUCAAAGACCUCACAGUCAGAGCAGGUCAACACAUCAGAUUGGACGUCAAGGUAUCAGGUGAACCUCCACCGACUAAAACAUGGUUCCUUAACAAGGCUCGUAUUGAAAAACGCGAUGACAUCACUGUGGAUCUAGAAGACUACAGAACCAAAUUGGUCAUUGGAGUAGCCAAGCGAGAACACUCAGGGACAUUGACGCUGAAGGCAGAAAACGACUCUGGCAGAGAUGAAGCCAGCAUCGAAAUAAAAGUCCUGGACAAACCAUCGAAACCUGAAGGCCCUCUCAAGAUCAGCGAUGUUCACAAGGAGGGCUGCACUCUAAAAUGGAACCCACCACAAGACGAUGGAGGCGUACCAAUAGAGUACUAUCAAGUGGAGAAGUUUGACACAGAAACGGGAAGAUGGGUGCAAGCUGGUCGGUCUAGAGAACCCAAGAUCGAACUGAAUAAUCUAGAACCCGGUCAUGAGUACAAGUUCCGAGUAGCAGCUGUCAAUGCUGAAGGAGAGUCUGAACCUCUGGAGGCUGAACAGACCAUUAUUGCUAAGAAUCCAUUUGAUGAGCCUGGUCCACCUGGCACUCCCGAGGUCACUGAUUGGGACAAGGAUCGCGUUGACUUAAGAUGGACUCCACCUACGAAUGACGGUGGAUCUCCAAUCACUGGAUACGUUAUUGAGAAAAAAGAAAAGGGAAGUCCAAAAUGGAUCAAAGCAGGAGAAACAGGACCUCACGAUACGAGUGCCACUGUAGGUGACCUCGAUGAGGGGGUAGAAUACGAAUUCAGAGUUAGAGCUGUCAAUGACGCUGGGCCUGGUGAGCCAAGUCAAGCUUCUAAGUCUGUCAUUACGAAGCCCAGACGAUUGGCUCCGAAGAUAGAUAGACGUAACCUUCGCAACCUGACGGUGAAAGAAGGCGAACCCAUCUACAUUGACGUGAAGAUUAUUGGCGAACCAGCUCCAGACGUGGCUUGGUACCAAGAUGGAAAAAUGCUUUUCCAGACUUCUCACAAACGCGUCGAAGAUGUACCUUACAACUCCAAAUUCUUUAACGACAAACCCGAACGAAAGGAUACUGGAGUGUACAAGAUUGUUGCUACAAACAAGUUUGGACAGGACCAAGCGGAGAUUGAAAUCACAGUUGUUUCAAAGCCAGGACAACCAGAAGGUCCUCUAGAAGUAUCCGAUAUCUGCAAAGAUGGCUGCACAUUGAAAUGGAAGCGACCAAAAGACGAUGGUGGAGAGCCCAUCGACAACUACGUGGUCGAAAAGUACGACACAGAAACGGGACUUUGGUUGCCAGUCGGUAAGACUAGUGGAGCAGUACCUGAGAUGAAGGUUGAUGGACUGAUACCUGGACACGAAUAUAAGUUCAGAGUGAAAGCUGUCAACAAGGAAGGAGAAUCUGAACCUUUGGAGACCAUGGGAACUAUUGUCGCCAAGGAUCCUUACUCAACGCCUGGCAAGCCUGGGACACCAGAACCAACCGACUGGUCUGCAAACCACGUCGACCUCAAAUGGCCAGAACCAGUAUCAGAUGGUGGAUCCCCGAUCACCGGCUACAUCGUUGAAAAGAAAGAUAAGUAUUCUCCAAUGUGGGAGAAAGCCCUAGAAACCACAUCACCAACACCGAUGGCUACAGUCACUGGAUUGGUUGAAGGCAACGUCUACGAGUUCAGAGUCAUACCAGUCAACGCCGCUGGCAAAGGACCGGCAUCUGAUCCUUGCAAACCGUUCACAGCUAAGCCAAGAUUCUUGGCACCAAAGAUCGAUAGAAGAUACCUCCAUGAUGUGACAGUAUCAGCUGGAUCACCACUCAAGUUUGAGGCUAACAUCAUUGGAGAACCUCCACCGACUGUCGAAUGGCGGUUCAAUGGCAGUACUCUCAAAAACGACCAUCGUACCACUAUAGACAACGUCGAUUACAACACCAAGAUCGCCAUCCGUCCAGUCAACAGAGAUGACACUGGAGAAUACAAAGUCACAGCUUCUAACAGCUCAGGAAAAGACACACAUAUAAUCAAUGUCACUGUCACUGAUAAGCCUACGCCACCUCAAGGUCCCUUGCAGGUAUCUGACGUCCACAAAGAAGGAUGCAAGCUCAAAUGGAAGAGACCUAAGGAUGAUGGUGGCACUCCCAUCGAGUACUAUCAAGUGGAGAAAAUGGACCCAGAGACUGGAUGUUGGGUGCCUUGCGGUAGAUCUACAGAGCCCAACUUUGAAGUCACUGGUCUGACCCCUGGACAUGAAUACAAGUUCCGAGUAGCUGCAGUAAAUGCAGAAGGAGAAUCCCAACCACUAGAGACUGAAACAACAAUUGUGGCCAAGAAUCCAUUCGAUGAACCUGGCCCACCAGGACACCUCAAGGCCACAGACUGGGACAAAGACCAUGUUGACCUUGCUUGGACGCCGCCCAAGGAAGAUGGUGGAUCACCAAUUACAGGAUAUAUUAUCGAGAAGAAAGACAAGUUUGGUGACUGGGAGAAAGCUCUGGAAGUACCAUCUGACCAGCUCAAGGCUACAGUACCGGACCUCAUCGAAGGACAACCCUACCAGUUCAGAGUACGAGCAGUAAAUGCCGCGGGACCUGGUGAAGCCAGCAACGAAACACCAACGAUUAUCGCUAAGCCUCGUAACCAAGCACCAAAGAUCGACAGAACGAAUCUUAUUGAAGUCCGCAUUCGUGCAGGACAGAAUUUUGCAUUUGACGUUAAGGUAACCGGAGAACCAAUGCCAACCACAAAGUGGCUCUUGAAAAGCAAGGAAAUCAAGAGCGGCGCCAAUGUUAAGGUACAGCAUGGAGAAUACAACACAAAGAUAAGCGUGCGCAACGCCACAAGAGAAGAUGCUGGAACAUACACUGUUACAGCAGAAAAUGAUAAUGGCAAAGACAUCGCUGAAGUAGAAAUCAUCGUCUUGGACGUACCAAGUCCUCCAGGAGGGCCACUCAAAGUAUCUGACGUCCAUGCCAACGGAUGCAAGCUCAGCUGGAGACCACCAGCAGACGAUGGAGGACAACCCGUUGAAAGAUACAUUGUGGAGAAAAUGGAUGAAGCAUCUGGUCGCUGGGUGCCAGCUGGUGAAACAGAUGGUCCAGAAACCUCGCUUGCUGUGGAUGGACUUGUUCCAGGCCACAAAUACAAAUUCAGAGUACGUGCUGUCAACAGACAAGGCAAAUCUGAACCACUCACUACUUCACAAGCUAUUGUGGCGAAGAAUCCAUUCGACGAACCUGGCAAAACGAGUGCACCAGAGAUAAUCGACUACGACAAGGACUUCGUGGAGCUCAAGUGGGACAAACCAGAGAGCGAUGGUGGAUCUCCUAUCACGGGCUACAUCAUUGAGAAGAGAGAUAAGUUCAAUCCCAACUGGGAGAAAUGCGCAGAAGUUGAAGGUGAUGUACCUAGAGGAAAGGUUAACGACCUCAUAGAAGGCACUCCGUACGAAUUCAGAAUUCGUGCUGUCAACAAGGCUGGACCUGGAGAGCCUAGCGAUGAAUCCAAGAUUCACGUUGCCAGACCCAAAAACCUUGCGCCCAAGAUCGACCGAAACUACUUCAUGGACCUCAAGGUCAAAGUUGGAGCUUCGAUCGACUACAACGUCCCGAUCAUUGGAGAACCUCCACCGUCCAAAGAAUGGAAACACAAGGAGGACGUUCUUUUCAACAACGAGCGCGUUAAGAUUGUAAAUGAAGACUACAAGACCACUUUGAAAAUCGUGGAUGCCAAACGAUCAGAUAGUGGAAUAUAUACUCUAACAGCUAAAAAUAGCAAUGGAAAAGACGAGGCCACAGUUAAAGUCACAGUUUUAGAUGUACCUACUCCACCUGAAGGCCCACUCAGGACCGAUAACGUGACCAAGAACUCCAUGACCCUACACUGGAAACCACCAAAGGAUAAUGGUGGCUCAGAAAUCACACACUACACAGUGGAGAAACUUGAUACAGCCAAUAUGCGUUGGGUACCAUGUGGAGAAGCAGUGGGUACUUCCAUGAGAGUAGACCAUUUGAGUGAAGGUCAUGACUACCAAUUCAGAGUGAAAGCUCACAACAAGGAAGGCGAAUCUCUGCCCCUUACAACCACUGAUAGCAUCACAGCUAAGGAUCCAUUCACAAAGCCGGACAGGCCUGGAGUACCGGUACCAACAGAUUGGGACAGAGAUCACGUGGACCUGGAAUGGACUCCUCCAAAGAAGGACGGAGGAGCACCCAUCACCGAAUACAUCAUCGAAAAAAGGCCAAGGCAUGGAACUUGGGAAAGAGCUUGCGAAGUGCCUGGAAACACAACCAAGGCUACCGUACCGAACUUAGUAGAAGGAGAGGAAUACGAAUUUAGAGUAAUCGCUGUGAACAAGGGAGGACAUAGUGAACCUAGCGAGGCAUCUAUCCCUGUCAUCGCCAAACCAAGAUUCUUGGCUCCAACCUUUGAUAAGAGCCUGUUGGAGGACAUAACCGUGAAGGUAGGCCAGAGGUUUGGCUGGAACCUUCCGAUAGAGGCAUCACCAAAGCCUACAGCAAAAUGGACCCUAAAUGGCAAGGAAAUACUAUCCAGCGAUAGAAUAGACAUGGCCGUCUACAACAACAAGGUUUCCUUUGACAUAACAUCCGCUCUGAGAUCAGAUGCUGGUAGAUACACAUUGACCUUGACAAAUGACCUUGGCAGCUUCAGCGCCUCAGCCCAAGUAACAGUCCUUGACAAACCGGCACCACCACAACCGCCACUAGACGUCAGCUCUGUCACCAAGGAAAGUGCCAGACUCGCCUGGAAGCCACCAUUGGAUGAUGGCGGUUCACCAAUUCUACAUUACGUCAUCGAGAAAAUGGACGUGUCACGUGGCACCUGGUCAGACGCUGGUAUGUCUACUAUUUGCUCCCAUGACAUUCAGAGACUAAUCCACCGCAAAGAGUAUUACUUCCGAGUCAAGGCCGUAAAUGCUGUAGGUGAAUCUGAGCCGUUGGAGACACCUAGAAGCAUAAUCGCCAAAAAUGAGUUUGACGAACCUAGCGCACCCGGUAAACCUCAGGUCACAGAUUGGGACAAAGACCACGUGGACCUACAAUGGACCUCGCCCAAGAGUGAUGGAGGUACUCCUGUCACCGGGUACAUUAUCCAGAAGAAGGAGAAAGGAAGUCCCUAUUGGACCAAUGCUGCUCAUGUGCCAGCUGGCAAGACGACGGCUAGAGUUCCUGAUCUAACAGAAGGACAGGACUACGAAUUCAGGAUUAUUGCUACGAAUGCUGCUGGACAGAGCGAACCAUCUGAGCCAUCUGAUAUGGUUACUGCGAAAGCAAGAUUCUUGGCACCUAAGAUCAAAACUCCGCUCAACGAUAUCCGAAUCAAGGCUGGUCUCAUCCUGCACGUGGACAUCGACUUCAUUGGAGAACCAUGUCCCGAGGUCAUUUGGACUGUUGGAAAUAACGUGCCUUUGACCGCUGAUGAACGUACGACUGUUACAUCCAUUGGAUACCACACCACAAUCCAUACCGUAAACGCCAGACGAUCUGACAGCAACACUUACCACUUGCUGCUUAAGAACAGCUCUGGUAUAGAUGAAGGAUCAUUCCAAAUUACAGUAUUAGAUCGUCCUGGACCACCACAGAAGCCAAUCGAAUACGAAGAGAUUACAGCCCAAAGUGUCACACUUUCUUGGAAACCGCCUAAGGAUAACGGUGGCAGUGAAAUUACUGGAUAUGUGAUAGAGAAGAGGGAUCUGACUCACGGUGGUGGCUGGGUACCAGCUGUCAACUACGUCAAUCCAAAAUACAACCACGCUGUUGUACCUAGAUUGAUAGAAGGAACCAAAUAUGAAUUCCGCGUCUUUGCUGAAAAUAUGCAAGGUCGCUCUGAUCCACUGGAGACAGAAAAACCAAUCAUUGCGAAGAACCAAUACGACGUUCCUGGUAAGCCCGGCAAGCCAGAGCUGGUCGACAGUGACAAAGACCACAUCAAGAUCAAAUGGUCUCCUCCAAUAAGUAAUGGAGGCUCGCAAAUUAUUGGCUAUGACAUCGAACGUCGUGACAUGGCUACAGGAAGAUGGAUCAAGCUCAACAAGGAGCCAAACAGAGGCACCGACUACUACGAUGACCGCGUUCAGGAAGGACAUCAAUACGAAUAUAGGGUACUGGCUGUUAACGCUGCUGGUCCUGGAAAGCCUAGCGACGCAUCUAGUGUAUUCACUGCUAAACCAAUGAAAGAAAAACCGAAAUUGUGGCUCGAUGGUAUCAUUGGCCGCAAGAUCAAGGUACGUGCUGGUGAGCCAAUCAACAUAAACAUUCCAAUGUCUGGAGCUCCGGCACCAAAAGUCACAUGGAACAAGAACAAAAUCAGCAUUCCCGAAUCCAACAGAGUAUACACUGAGACAACAAGUGAAAACACCAGACUACGUGUGGAAGUAUCAAACCGAGACGAUUCCGGUACUUACACCGUGCACGCAACUAACGAAUACGGUACUGACGAGGCUGACAUCGAAGUUAUCGUCGUGGACAAACCAGGAAUGCCUCAAGGACCCUUACAGUACACCGCGACCACACAGGACACCAUCUCGCUAUCCUGGAACCCACCGUUAGACGAUGGUGGUGGUGAAAUCACAUCUUAUAUCGUCGAAGUCAGCGAGUAUGGCACUGACAGUUGGAGGCCAUGUCCAGGAUAUUGCCCCAAGCCUUCGUUCACUGCUCGAGGACUCACUGAGGGCAAGAAAUACGUUUUCAGAGUUCGCGCCGAAAAUAUAUAUGGUGUAUCUGAACCACUGGUAGGCAAACCGGUGGUGGCCAAGAGUCCAUUCGAUCCUCCCGGUGCUCCAAGCAAACCAGACGUUGUUGGCUAUACACCCUCAUCUUGUUCGUUGAAAUGGAAGCCUCCGGCAAGCACUGGUGGCAAGCCAAUCACAGGUUACUACGUCGAAAAGAGGGAACGCGGUGGCGAAUGGAUAAGAGUGAACAACUACCCUACUCCAAAUACUCAGUACACUGUCCAGGACCUCAGGGAGGGCAACAAGUAUGAAUUCAGAGUUACUGCAGUCAACGAAGCAGGUCCUGGUGAGCCUAGUGAACCAACUGAACCGAUCAUCGCCCAAUACCAGAGAUUCAAGCCUGAUGCCCCCGAACCACCAAAACCAGACCGCAUCACCAAAGACAGUGUCACACUUUCCUGGAGGUCACCUAGAAAUGAUGGCGGCUCCAAAAUCAGAGGUUAUAUUCUACAGAAACGUCCAAAAGACUCUGACAAAUGGGUGGAUAUCAAUACCGCUCCGAUCACUGAUACUGUCUACACUGUGCCUAACUUGAAAGAGGGUGAAGAGUACCAGUUUAGACUAAUCGCGGUGAACGAUGUAGGCAACUCUGAACCUAGCAAACCAACAAAUCCUAUUAAGAUAGAAGAACAACCCAACAAACCUUGCAUGGACUUGGGAGGUGUACGGGACAUAACAGUAAGAGCUGGAGAAGACUUCAGUAUUCACGUUCCGUACGUAGGUUUUCCACAACCAACAGCUAGUUGGUUCGCCAAUGACAAGAUUCUCGAUGAAUCUGACAAUAGAGUAUUCCCACAACUGGCUCCUGACUACGCCAGCAUCAUCGUAAAGAACUCUAAGAGGUCAGAUACUGGUCAGUACAGGCUUCAACUGAAGAACCCGUCUGGUUUCGAUACAGCCACUAUCAACGUAAGAGUUCUGGAUAGACCUGGUAAGCCAGAGGACCUAAGAGCUGAUGAAUUUGCUGGAGAUGCUCUCACCUUGUACUGGCGUCCCCCAAAAGACGACGGUGGAGCACCGAUCACCAACUACAUUGUGGAAAAGAAAGAAUCCAAAUCUGGAACUUGGUCGAAAGUCAGCAGCUAUGUCACGGUUCCGUUUGUGAGAAUCCGUAACCUAACGUUAGGCAAAGAGUACGACUUCAGAGUCAUCGCCGAGAACCAACAUGGCCAAUCAGAACCCGCAAUGACGUCAGAACCAAUUAGAGCUAGGUAUCCGUUUGACCCACCAGGUGCACCUGGAGCUCCUAGAGGCGUUGAAACAACAGAAGAUUCUAUUACCAUCACCUGGACAAAACCAAGACACGAUGGAGGAUCUCCAAUCACCGGCUAUGUCGUCGAAAAACGACUCAUCACCGAGGAUAAGUGGACCAAGGCUUCGCAUGCUUUGGUUCCUGAUACUACUCUACAGGUAAUCAACUUGAUAGAGAACCAUGAGUACGAAUUCCGGGUAGCUGCUCUGAACGCUGCUGGGCAAGGUCCCUGGAGUUCAUCUUCAGAUGCCAUCUGCGCUAGAGCUCCACCUUGCGCCCCCAAGAUCACUUCAGACUUGAGCAUUCGUGACAUGAUCGUUAUUGCUGGAGAAGAGCUCAAGAUCACUGUUCCUUAUGUGGCCACACCUAAACCUAAGGCAUCCUGGACCAUUAAUGGAGACGAGGUUAUCUCUGGUGACAGAAUCAAGAUGGAAACUAACGAUAUCUCUUCGAUUUUCAUAAAUAAGUCUGCGAAGAGAUCAGAUACUGGCAGCUACACCAUUAAGUUGACAAACACUGUAGGAUCAGAUUCAGCGUCUUGCAGAGUGCUCGUAGUUGACAAGCCUUUGCCACCUCAAGGACCUUUGGAUGUAUCUGACGUCACACCUGACAAUUGCUCACUGGCAUGGAGACCACCUCUUGAUGACGGAGGUUCUCCAAUCACAAACUAUAUUGUUGAGAAGCUUGAUACGAACGGUAUCUGGGUCAAAGUAAGCAGUUUCGUCCGCAAUCCGCACUACGAUGUGAUGAGUUUGGAACCCAACAGAAAGUACAGCUUCAGAGUUCGUGCUGAGAAUCAGUAUGGCAUUAGCGAGCCUCUAGAAACCACAGAACCUGUUAUCGCGAAGUAUCCAUUCACAGUACCAGAUGCUCCAGGAGCACCAAGGGUUACAGACUGGGACUCUUCUACCAUCUACCUUUCAUGGGACAGACCCAACAACGAUGGAGGUUCUAGAAUCCAAGGAUACAAACUAGAAUACCGUGACGUCGCUCAUGACACUCAUUGGGUCAGUGCCAGCGACUACCUGAUCAAAGACACACACUUUGACCUGUUUAACAUGAUGACUGGUCAUGAGUAUGAAUUCAGAGUACGUGCCAAGAAUGCAGCAGGAUUCAGCAAACCAUCUGCCUCUUCGUCCAAAUUCAAGCUAAAGGGCAAAUUCAACGUACCUUCGGCACCUCAGAACCCUAAGGUGGUCAAUGUAGGCAAAGGUUACGUGGAUCUCACCUGGCAACCUCCAACCAACGACGGUGGGUCUAGGAUCACCGGCUACAUCAUCGAAAAGAGGGAGAUUGGGUCACCACUUUGGACCAAGUGCAACGAUUACAAUGUCACUGACACUAACUUUACGGUACUCAACUUGGUCGACAGAAGCGAAUAUGAGUUCAGGAUAUAUGCCAUCAAUUCUGCUGGAAAGAGCGAGCCUAGCAACUGUACUGCUCCUGUCAAGGUAUGUGAGGUACUUGGUGGAGAGAAACCAGAAUGGAUCAGGAGGCUCAACAACACGUCUGCGCCUCUUGGCAAAUCAGUAACCCUGGAAUGUGAGGCUUCAGGCAAACCGGAGCCUUCGUUCAGAUGGAUCAAGAAUGGAAGAGAGAUCAAGAUCGGCGGAAGGUUCAGGACUGAACAAAAGGGAGGUACUGCCUUCUUGCACAUCUCAGAUCUUUUGGAUAUUGAUGAUGGAGACUACACAUGCGAGGCGAGCAACACACUGGGAGCUGUCACUACCACUGCAAGACUUAAGAUUGGAACACCUCCAAGGAUCGAGAAGAUGCCUGGAGACCUCUACUUGGCAGAAGGAGACAACAGUAAGAUCAAGAUCUACUAUUCCGGAGACCAACCUCUGGACGUAAUUCUUACACGUAACGGCCAGAAGAUUGAUGAUUCUACCCAUAUUAGAUUCACAGUAUUCGAUGACUAUAUAAUCAUAUUUAUCAGAGAAGUAAACAAAUCAGAUGCUGGAAACUAUAACCUAACUGUCAAAAAUGACAGCGGCAGCGCCUCCGGUAGCUUUGACGUAUACAUCACCGGUCUACCUGGGCCUCCAAACGGACCCUUGGAGACAACCGAUAUCACAAAACAUACAUGCACAUUGAGCUGGAAGCCUCCAAGCUACGAUGGUGGACUAAGGAUCACACAUUACGUCAUAGAACGGAAGGACGUCACUGGAACACACUGGAUAACUGUAUCCAGCACCUGUAAGGAUACUAAUUUCACAGUUCAAGGACUAACCGAAGGGCAAGAGUACCUAUUCAGAGUGAUGGCUGUGAACGAUAAUGGCAUGGGACCACCGCUAGAAGGCGUGAACCCAGUAAAGGCCAAAGCACCAUUUGACCCACCAGGCCCCCCUGGCAUUCCAAAGGUCACUCAAGUUGGAGGAGAUUUCGUCAACCUUGAAUGGACCAAACCUGAAAAUGAUGGCGGAUCCCGCGUACAAGGAUACUGGAUAGACAAACGUGAAGUAGGCAGUCAAACCUGGCAACGCGUUAACGUAUCUCUCUGCCUUCCAACACAAAUCAAUGUAUCUAACUUAAUAGAAGGAAGGCAAUACGAAUUCAGAGUAUUCGCCCAGAACAUCGCUGGUAUCUCAGAGCCAUCUUCAAACUCAACCUCUGUGGAGAUCAAGGAUCCUUUGGCUGCCACACCACCGGAGAUAGUGAAACCUCUGAAGAAUGCUCAAUGUAUUCAAAACCACAACGCCAAAUUCGAAUGUACCAUAACUGGUAAUCCUAAACCGCAUAUCACGUGGUACAAGGGAGCCAGAGAAAUUACCAACGGAUCAAGAUACCAUAUUUAUAGUGAAGGAGAAGUCCACCAUCUAGUUAUCCAUGAUGUCUUUGGAGAGGACGCAGAUGAGUAUGUCUGCAGGGCUGUGAACAAGGCUGGAGUCAAAUCUACCAGAGCUGAACUCCUCAUCAUGACUGCACCAAAACUGAACAUUCCUCCCCGAUUCCGUGAUUCUGCUUACUUUGACAAGGGCGAGAACGUGGUAAUCAAGAUACCCUUCACCGGUUUCCCGAGACCAAGAAUCAGCUGGGUAAGAGAGGGUGAAACCAUCGAGUCAGGUGGCCACUACCACGUGGAAGUCAAAGACCGACAUGCGAUUUUGACUAUCCGAGAUGCCAGCAAACUGGACAGUGGCCCAUACAGGAUCACUGCAGAGAACGAGUUGGGUCAAGACACCGCUAUCAUCAAGAUCCAGAUCGCUGAUCGUCCAGAUCCACCAAGGUUCCCAGCAGCUGACAAUAUCGGCCAUGACUCUUUGGCGUUGUCCUGGAAAGCACCAGUUUGGGAUGGAGGAAGCAAUAUCACCAACUAUAUCGUCGAAAGAAGAGAACAUCCUUUAUCUUCCUGGAUCAGAGUUGGCAGCACCAGAUUGACCACAAUGGCCGUGAGCGGACUCACACCAGGAAAGCAAUACGACUUCAGAAUCAUGGCUGAGAACAUAUAUGGCAGAUCAGAUCCUUCAGAUGUUAGUAAUCUCAUUACUAUGAAGGAUACUGUCAAGAAAGAGGUACAGAAGAGGAAAUACGAAGUUGACGAAACUGGAAAGAAGAUUAGAGAAUCUCACAAGGAACCUGUCAAAGAUUAUGACAGCUAUGUAUUCGACAUUUACUCUAAGUAUGUCCCGCAGCCCGUUGAAAUCAAGACUAGAUCUGUUUACGAUGAUUACGAUAUCCUUGAAGAAAUUGGCACUGGCGCAUUUGGGGUAGUACACAGAUGCCGUGAACGAAAGACAGGCAACAUAUUCGCUGCGAAAUUCAUCCCAGUAUCCCACGCAAUGGAGAAAGAACUAAUCAAGAAGGAGAUAGACAUCAUGAAUCAACUUCACCAUCCAAAACUGAUCAACCUCCACGACGCUUUUGAAGAUGAUGACGAAAUGGUGCUCAUCUAUGAAUUCCUCUCUGGAGGUGAACUCUUUGAACGUAUUACCGCGGAAGGCUACCAAAUGUCAGAAGCUGAAGUGAUCAACUACAUGAGACAAAUAUGCGAAGGCAUCAAACACAUGCAUGAAAGGAACAUCAUCCACCUGGACAUCAAGCCAGAGAACAUCAUGUGCCAGACAAAGAGAAGUACUAAUAUCAAAUUGAUCGAUUUUGGUUUGGCCACCAAGUUGGAUCCCAAUGAAGUAGUCAAAAUCUCCACUGGUACGGCUGAAUUUGCAGCUCCAGAAAUUGUCGAGAGAGAGCCAGUUGGUUUUUACACAGACAUGUGGGCUGUUGGUGUGUUGGCCUACGUACUCCUCAGCGGCCUGUCACCAUUUGCUGGUGAAAACGAUAUUGAAACAUUGAAGAACGUCAAAGCUUGUGAUUGGGACUUUGAUGAAGAGGCAUUCGCACAUAUCUCUGAAGAGGGCAAAGACUUUAUCCGUAGACUAUUAAUAAAGACCAAAGAGAAGCGUAUGACUGCUCAGGAAUGCCUUGUACAUUCAUGGCUGACUGGAGACCACAGCCACAGGACGAAAGAAAUAGAACAAUCCAAGUACCUUAGAAUGCGAGACAAGAUUCGUAGCAAGUAUGAUGCUUGGGAAUCAUUCGCUCUACCAUUAGGCAGAAUUUCAGAAUACUCUUCACUGAGGAAGCUGCUAAUAGAAAAGUACAAGAUAUAUGACUCGUACUUCGAUCGAAGACAAGCUGCUCCAAGAUUCGUCAUAAAACCACAAAGCGCCUUCUGUUACGAGGGACAAAGUGUCAAAUUCUACUGCAGAGUGAUAGGCGUUACAACUCCGACCUUAUCCUGGUACCACAACAACGUUGAACUAAGGCAGAGUGUCAAGUACAUGAAGAGAUAUGCAGGAGAUGACUAUUAUUUCGUCAUUAACAGAGCCAGACUGCAAGACCGUGGAGAAUAUAUCAUCAGGGCCGAGAACAAUUAUGGUUCUAGAGAAGAAGUUGUCUUCCUCAAUGUACAACCAUUGCCAAAGGUGGUUCCAGAAUACAGACCGGAAGCACCAGUGGUGCGAAGACGCGAACCUCUGCCGUACAUGUUCUGGCAAGAAGAGCAAGAAUGUGCGCCUAGCUUCACCUUCUUGCUACGUCCUCGUGUUAUGCAGGAAAGAGAUACUUGCAAACUGCUCUGCUGCCUGAGCGGAAAACCGUUCCCAACUGUCAAAUGGUACAAGGACAAACGCGAACUUAGCAAAUACGAAUACUCGAUGUCCCAUUCAGACGGCGUCAUAACCAUGGAGAUAGUCGGUUGCAGACCAUCAGACUCCGGCAAAUACACAUGCGUGGCGACCAACAAACACGGCACUGACGAAACCUCCUGCGUGGUUAUAGUAGAAGGCGAAACAAGCACACCCGAGCAAUCUGCAUUAGCAAACAAACUGCUACACUCUGGAGAUAGAAAGUAUAUAGAACAACCUAUCAAACCUGCUCCGAUACCAGUCACUAUCAAGAGACCCGUUCCUGCAUCCAAUCCUGUGAAUCCACCUAGUCCAAUUCAACCUAGGUCUAACAACCCAAGUACCACGAGCUUAGCGAGGUCUUCUUCUAACCUAAGCGUUGAAGGUGAUAAGAGGGCUAGAAAAUACGGACGGCUUGACUCCACAGGAAGCCCGAAUAGAUCUAGGAGUGCUACUAAAGAACUUGCAUUGCCACCAGACGAAUCAAUGGGACCGCCAGCAUUCACUAAGACACUCUCAGACUUGACAGUUAACGACGGUGACAGCCUGACAUUGACAGCACAUGUAAAAGGAGACCCAGAUCCACAAAUCGUGUGGAGCAAGAACGGAAAAGCCCUCAGCUCAUCAGAAGUAGUCGAUCUCAAGUACAAGAAUGGAAUUGCCAAACUACACAUCAAUGAAGUAUAUCCUGAAGACGAAGGAGAAUAUGUCUGCAAAGCUACCAACUCCAUGGGAGAAGUACAGACUAAGUGCAAGCUGACCAUUAAACCAAUGACAAACAACGUGGACGGUAAAAAGAAAAGCGAGGACAAACCACCAAAGAUCGUUAGCCACCUAGAGUCAGCCUUCGUGAAAGACGGAGAACCAGUAACGCUUUCUUGUCGCAUCAUAGGAGCUGAUAAGUUCGAUGUGGUAUGGCUACACAACAACAAGGAGAUCAAACCUUCCAAGGACUUCCAAUACACCAACGAGGCAAACAUCUACAAAUUGGUCAUCGCUGAGAUAUUCCCGGAGGACUCGGGAGCCUACACUUGCGAGGCGUUCAACAAUGCAGGAGAAAGUUUCAGCAGUUGUACAUUGAAUGUUGUUGCUCCAGGAGAACAGCCCAAGAGUCCAGUUUUCAAAACAUUCCCGACUUCCGCUACGGUGUCGGAAGGAGAAUCGGCCACAUUCGUAGCAGAGACAGAAGACGAGCCGUUGCAAAUUAACUGGCUGAAAGACGGCAAGCAGAUCAAGGAAAGCAGCGCAAAAUACAACUUCACAGCUGACGGAAAGAGAUACACCUUUGAAAUCCUGAAUUGCAACUCGAACGAUAUUGGUCAAUACCAAGCCAAGGCUAUAGGCAAAAAGGGUGAAACCUUUGCAGCCUUCUCACUUAACGUCGUACCGCCUGGAGAUGUCUAAACUUUAAAGCUCUGACUGCUCUAUUUUAUAUUUAACGAACGAUUUGCUCCACUUUGUAACAUAGUUAUGUGUAUAAAAUAAUCUAUUUUUAAGUGUUUUAUAUUAAAGCCUUGAUUCAGCGACACGCUUAUACAUCAUUGCCACAAUUCGCAUAGAAAAUUUUAGUUGUUAGUUCAAAAGAGCUUGAUUUGAUAUUAUUUCAAGUUUGCGAGAAAUUUUCUGUGUCACAUUGUGUCAUAGUUGUAUACAGUACGAAAUAUGCUUCAAGUAGAAAUAACUAGAUUUUAGUAUAUACUUACAGCUGAAAAACCAGCAUCCUCAAUGUUUACCAUCAGUCGCUGAAAGUAUGUGCUAAUUCAUGCAAUUUUUACUCUCGACCGUUGAAAAUUAGCAGUAUCUCUAAUCAUUUUACCGAAAAAGAUAGGAGCAGAAUGUCGAAUUUUUAUUUAUUCAAACUGUAUUUAUUUUAUUGUGAGAGCUUGAGCCGUAUUUUUUUAAAAACGAUAUUUUUAUUAAGUCAUCGUUGUUCGUUAUUUUAUUAGAUUCCAUAUAAAGAAUUAAAAAGGUACAUUACUGCUUUUGCGAAUCCCAAACAAAUAAUGUAAUGUAAACGAGAAUAUAAAGAUUAUUUUUAA